AUGACAGCGCCACUUUCCUCAGUAGCACCGCCUCGGUCCAACCUCGUCAAGCUGAGCGAGCGCGACUUGCUCGACUAUCGCGCCGUGCAAAGGACCUUUGAUGGCGCCUACGCGAGGACGGCGCUCGGCCAGCUGUGCUAUGCCACCGUCAUCCUGCGUCUCUUCCAGCCCAAGUUCUUCUAUGUCGGUCUGGUCUACGCAAUCUUGGGCAUGGGCUUCAUCCCAGUCGCCAUCUUUCGCUAUCGGAUGGCGGUGAGCAACGCGCAGCGCUUGAUGCCUCUCGAUCCGAUCGCUGCGCCACACGACCUGUCAUCAGGUCCAGCAACUUCGGAACAGGGAUCGUCAGAUCAGAUAGGACAGACGUCGCGGUCGAUUGGAGCCAGACAGACGCCAGCACCCGUACAGACCGUGCUGCGCCAAAGCUUCGUGACAGCCGGAUCGGUCGUGGCGGCUGCUACCGCUUUUGUGGGCCUCGCCGAGGUUGCCCUUUUAGUGCUCAUCCUUCGUUUGUAG